AUACAUAACGGUCAAACAUAUAUUACACUUCAAUGAGUCUUUAGCAGCUCUUCCACCAUUACCACAGGACUCUUUCCACCAUACCAUGAUUUCUCCUCCUCUGAAAUCCCUGCAACUUGAUUUUCAUUUCCCUUCGUUUGCAGCUACUAGCCAAAGAACCUUCUUCUCUCAUGGCUUUGUGGGUAACAUCAAUGGUAAUCAUAGGAAAACAUGGAGUCGACAUUCCAUGUUUCUUAGUACAAAACCUGUCCUCAAAGAUGGUGCUCUCAGUUUCAAUGGCACAGAUGCUUUGACAAGUGUGCCAGACAAUGUGGUAGUGACCCCAUUUACAAAUUCAUCUGCAUUUGUUGGUGCUACUUCUAAGGAAGCUAGUUCAAGACAAGUUUUCAAACUUGGAGUCAUCCGGGAUGUCAGAUUUUUAUCUAUAUAUAGAUUCAAAAUUUGGUGGAUGAUGCCGCGAUUCGGUAAUUCAGGAAGUGAAAUCCCUGUUGAAACUCAGAUGUUGCUCCUGGAAGCAAAGGAUGAUGAAUCAGAGAGUACUGGUUACAUCUUAUUCUUGCCUUUGCUUGAUGGUGAAUUCAGAGCCAGCCUGCAGGGAAAUUCGUCGGACGAGCUUGAGUUCUGUGUUGAAAGUGGGGACCCUGCAAUAGUUACCAAAGAAUCACUAAAAGCAGUUUUUGUGAAUUCUGGAGACCAUCCAUUUGAUCUAAUGAAGGAAUCGAUGAAGAUUUUGGAGAAGUAUACUGGAACAUUUUCAGCUAGGGAAUCCAAACAGUUGCCUGGAAUGUUAGAUUAUUUUGGUUGGUGUACCUGGGAUGCCUUUUAUCAAGAAGUUAAUCCUCAAGGAAUCAGAGAGGGGCUAAAAAGCUUAUCCGAGGGAGGUGCUCCACCCAAGUUUUUGAUAAUUGAUGAUGGUUGGCAAGAUACAACAAAUGAGUUUCGAAAAGAAGGGGAGCCUUUUAUUGAAGGGUCACAAUUUGGUGCUAGAUUGGACAGCAUUGAGGAGAAUAGUAAGUUCAGAAGAUCAGUAAAUGACACUGAAAGUGAGGCACCAAGUAGUCUUAAGGAUUUUGUUUCAGAAAUUAGGAGUACUUUUGGGCUCAAGUAUGUCUAUGUAUGGCAUGCCCUAAUGGGAUACUGGGGAGGACUUAAUCCAAAUGCUGAGGGAACUAAAAAGUACAAUCCAAAGCUAAGAUACCCAGUACAGUCACCUGGGACUUUGGCAAACAGUUGGGAUAUAUCAAUGGCCUCGAUGGAGAAGUAUGGUGUAGCUGCAAUUGAACCUGAUAAAGCAUUCCAGUUUUAUGAUGAUCUGCAUGGUUAUCUUGCUUCACAGGAUGUUGAUGGAGUUAAAGUCGAUGUUCAGAACAUAUUGGAAACCAUUUCUGCUGGCUUAGGAGGCCGAGUCUCUCUUACUAAGAAAUUCCAACAGGCACUUGAGAAGUCCAUUGCAACCCACUUUCAAGACAAUAGCAUAAUCUGCUGCAUGGGUCAAAGCACAGACUCCAUUUACCAUUCAAAACAAAGUGCCAUUACACGGGCAUCUGAUGAUUACUACCCGAAGAUCCCCACAUUCCAGACAUUGCAUAUAGCUACUGUGGCUUUCAACAGCAUAUUUAUUGGUGAAAUAGUUGUCCCAGAUUGGGACAUGUUCUAUAGCAAACAUGAAUCAUCUGAGUUUCAUGCUGUUUCUAGAGCUGUGGGAGGUUGUGGAGUCUAUGUUAGUGAUAAACCUGGUCACCAUGACUUUGAAGUACUUAAAAAGCUUGUACUUGCUGAUGGGUCAGUUCUUAGAGCUAGAUACCCAGGAAGACCAUCGCGUGAUGGUUUGUUCAAUGACCCUGUUAUGGACGGGAAGAGUCUUCUCAAGAUAUGGAACUUGAAUAAAUGCACUGGAGUCAUAGGUGUAUUCAACUGCCAAGGAAAAGGAACAUGGCCUCGUCUGGAAAAUUCUGUUCAGCCGGAGGUUGAAACUGAACUUUCAGGGAAGGUAUCUCCUUCUGAUAUUGAGUAUUUUGAAGAGGUUUCUGGAAAGCAAUGGAGAGGAGAUUGUGCAGUCUUUUCCUUCAAAACAGGGUCUUUGUCUCGAAUAUCAAAGGAAGAAUCAUUUGACAUCACAUUAAAAACUCUGGAAUGUGAUGUCCUUACUGUCUCUCCAAUUAAGGCUUACACUAAAGACAUUGAGUUCGCACCUAUUGGAUUAUUAAACAUGUACAACUCCGGUGGAGCUGUUGAAUCAAUUGACUUCUUCAGAGGUUCCUCUAACUCAGAAAUACAUAUCAAGGGAAGAGGAGGUGGUAGCUUUGGCGCAUACUCAAGAACAAAGCCUAAGUCUUGCUCUCUAAACUCAAAAGAUGAGGGAUUCAACUUUAAAAGUGAAGAAAAUCUUUUGACAGUCACAAUUCCUGAGAAUAGCAUUUAUUGGGAUAUUACACUAUCUUAUUAAGAAGGCUUUAUAUUCCUACGUUUUUUAAGUUAAAGCCCAACAGAAAUCAUUUUUCGAUUCUUGACAAGAAAUAUGGAAGAAAAGAAAAUUCUGAAACUAGUAGUUCUUGACCAAGAAGAAUAUGCAGAAGGGAGAUGAAAUGAGGCACAAUCAAUGCAGCAUUGAAGAAUUAAAGUUUGUGACUGAUGGCUUGGCUUGCUUACUUGAACUCCAAGUAUGUUGAGAAGCACAAACAUCAUGAAAGAAUCUUUACAAAUUUAGAACGAAAGAAGAAUGUUUUGCUCAUAUCCAUUCCAUAGAUUGGUUGGUAGGAGAUGAAAGGUAUUAUUCUCUCUCUAUAUGAGUUUUUUCUGUGGCUUAUACUUCAAGUUUACUACAAAAUGCAGGCCAACUAUUAUUGACUUUGAUUGAGGAUUUGAAUCACUUUAAAGACUCUUUCUCAUGAUUGUAAUUAAGGUGAUAUGUUGAUAUCAUCAUUUGGGUUUUCUUA